UCGCUAUCCCACAAAGUUUCACUCAUAAAUCUUCUAAGCCAUCACAAUGAAGCUCACGCCGGUCAUCGCAGCGGCCAUUCUGGCAUACACUGCCAGAGCAGUACCAAUCAAGCAACCUAUGAUCCACAAUUCCAAUAACACCAGAAGUAAUCAGACGGAGCGCACUGCAACAGUGGUAGGAAUUGGCCCAGUUCCAGUCGUCGUCACUUUCAAUGGAUUUUUGAGACCUGAAUAUGACUUUGGGGCGUCAUCUUCGACAGGCGACGCUCCAAAAGACAGCGCCGAGUAUCCUAAAUACCACCCUAUCAAUCUGGGCGGUCACGGCCCUGUGAUUCCUCCAAAUGGUCUUCCAUCAAGCGACCACCAAGGCAGAGUAAGCUUUCCAAAUAUAACUGAUCUAAAACUGGACGAGAAGCCUUCAUUAAAAAUGCUGUCUUCUCGCGCAGCCAUGUGGAAGCCGACAGAGAUAGACAACUAUCAUGAAGGUGUCAAGAUCGACAUCAAGAACAGUAUCUCCGAACUCCAAGACAAGCUUGACUACCUGAACAAAAGUGGUCAUCUUACCGUCGACCGGGCGAAUAAAGAAAUCGAUAAUCUUUCCAAAGUCAUUGCCGCUCGCCUUAGGAUUAAUUUUGUCACCAAUCCCCCAGCAUUUGAUGAGAUGCUUUCUACUCUCCAGAAUCACGUCAUCUCUGAGAUCAAGACUCGAGCUCAAGACCCUAAUAUCAAUGAUCCGUUGAAUGAGACGCAGCAAGCAGAUCAAGAUGCCCUCUUGGCCAAUCUGCACGCACACUACAUUCUUGAGGGACUCCAGGAGAAGAUUGUACUUCUCGCCAAAUCUCACAAACUCACUGAAAGACUUGGCAGUCUCAGUAUUGGACAAGCUCGCCAGAUGAUCAAGAACACUCCCAGUAUGUCAGAUAAAGAUUCCGAGUUCUGCGAACUGCAACUCAAGGCAAUCGAGAAGGCGGCGAGAACCAUGAUACAGAAGAAGCUAGUCAACUUUCCAGCUUCGGUAGUGGCACCCAUUCAGAAUCCGAUCAAAUCCGGUUUUAAAGUCCCUGGUGAGGAUCUCCCAGACAAAGUCUCCGAGACCGUGCAGGAAGGUCUCAAUAAGCGAGAAUCCAACAGCCAAGACGAACCUAUCCAGAACUUCAAUUCUGUCAACGAUACAGCAGUUCCUACAGCAACUGACGAGCACGGAGAGGUCCUAUUCUGGGUCGAUUAUGGUGCCCCGGAAUGUAUGAAGUACAUUCUUGAUGACGAUUUGGAUCUGGAGAAGGUGGAUUUGUUCGAGGCUUGCCAGGCGAAAGCUGCACCUGAAAUCUCAGACGCGACUGAAAACUCCGAGACAGAGCAAUCUACAGACGCCAUAGCGGACCCAGAAGGGAUGCUUGAGCCAAGAGGUAUCAAAAAGCAUAUGUAUGAGAUAGAGGAGGAUGGAGAUGAGUGGGGAAGGAAGAAACUGAUCAAGGAAACCGGGGUUGAGAGAUCCUCUUGAGGAAGUUACGGUGAAGUGGUGUGGAACGGAAUUUUCUGGUGAAGGGGGAUAUUCUAUUUGGUUACAUUAUAGAUACUUCUCAGGUAGUCUGUUGCAUGGCAAUGUAGUAGAAGCCAACAUUAAAGCAGGAACCCCUCAGCUCAUAUGGGCCAAAGUGCCAGAUUCACA